AUCUGGAAACGAAGAAGUUGGCGGAGCUGUCUCUGGGCGAAGGAACGAUGCUGGAAUGCGACGAUUUUGUGCAGAAAUUGACACUCAAAGUGAUUCUCCACAGCUCCCCGGACCUUCAUGGCGAAGAUUUCGAGGCAAUUCUCAAGGAUUCAUUCCAUUUGAUGUUUCGAAUCGAUAUUUCAGAUACUGAGAGAUUCGGAAAAGAAGAAAGAAGAGGAAGAAACUCGGAAGAGAAAGCUGUCCGAAAGCGAGCCUGGCCUGUCUCCGCCCAAAAAGUCGAAGGUUCGGGGAAACUUCCGACAUUUUUUGGCUCUAGAGGCUGCUUCUUGCAACAAAGCUUUUUCAACCCCCCGACCGCAAGUAGUUUUGGGUCGGGCGCGUUUUGAAGUACUGGUCGCAUUUGUCGGGCGCGUUUUGAAGUACUGGUCGCAUUUGGAAUGGCUUGCGGUUUAAUCGACUCGCAUUGGAAUACUUCUCAAGACUCCGACCGCAAGUAGUUUUGGGUCGAGCGCGUUUCAGAGCAUAAUCAAACUGUCAAGCCAUUCCAAGUGCCUUUUUCAUUUCUUUUCGAAAAAGUAUGGAGAAAUACCACUUUUAAAUUGUUUUUGAGCUUUUUCAGUAGAGGGGCUAUUAAAUUUUAAACGUGUUACAAAAGUGUAAUUUUUCAGGCGGAAGAGACCAAUGGCGAAAUCACUGUUCAAAACUGA